UCUGACCGUCAGCCGUGUUAGUCACAAAAGUAAGUACUUUUCACCUAUAAUGAUGAAGUUUAAACAGUGAAUGUAGAGCAUAAAGACUAUUUGUGAUAAUCUGGAGUAGUUUUCACGCUUUAAUUUUAAAAUUAUGUAAGUGUAGUAGUAACUGUUUUAUUCGUUUUAUGUUUGUUUUGACGACUGCUAAUCGCAAAAAAAAAUCCGCAACUAUCUAAAAAUAUUUUUCAGGAUGUACUUUUAGAGCAUUAUUCAAUAUAUAUUGUUUUUAUUUAUUAAAGUGUUUUGAGAAAAAAAAAAAAUGUCAGUUGUGCUUUUAUUUCGAAAAUCCUAGACCGCUUGACAGUGUUCACCGGGUUAACGUUAAUUCUGGCUGAGCUCUUGUCCUCCCAGUGUUGUUCCGGUUUUAGUGGACCCCUGGAGGAGACGGGUGUCCUGAAUGGAGGAAACCGAGGGACGAUACCGAGCCGAACCGGGCCAAACAAGGCCAGGUCGGGAUAUGAGUGACAGCAGUACUCAGACUGACAGCAGAGCACAAGGUCAUGGCCCGAGGCUGUCAAAGGUAAACCUGUUCACCUUGUUGAGCUUGUGGAUGGAGCUUUAUCCACAGGAGGAAGCUGAAGAAGAAGACGACCAGACUCAGAUCCGCAGGCUGGGUCUGGCGGUGGCGGACGGUAAAGUUGUUGGACUCCAUUGUUCAGGACCGGAGCUCCACGCGGGACAGUCUGCCAUCAUCCAACAUGGCCCCCGCCUCGCUGACUGUCAGUUAUACUUCUCCAGGAGACCCUGCGCUACCUGCCUAAAGAUGAUCAUCAACACUGGAGUCAGUCAGAUCUCCUUCUGGCCAGGAGACCCUGAAAUCAGCAUGCUGAGGUCAAACUCCCACAAUCCACCUGGCGGCAUCUCAGAGGAGGCUGCGCUGGACGCCGUGGCGUCAGAGAAGCUGAAGUCCAACAGCCGUCCUCACGUCUGCGUGCUGCUGCAGCCGCUGGCUCCCGGCCUGGCUCAGUUCAUCGACGAGACGUCCAGAGAGUGUGACUUCAUGGAGAGAGUGAGGGACGAUGAACCUGGGGAGGACACACACCAGCUCUACAACAGAGAGCGGCUGAGACACCUGAAGGAUUUCUCCCGGCUCUUCCUGGUGGAGACGUCUCAGCAGCACAGAGAGAUCUUAACCCACAUGGGCCUUGAAAACUUCUGCGUGGAGCCGUACUUCUCCAACCUGAGAAACAACAUGAGGGAGCUGGUGGAGGUCCUGUCUGCGGUGGCUGCAGGGGUGCCAACGCAACACUACGGCUUCUACAGGGAGCAGCAUCCAACAUCGGAUCUGUCAAAGUCUGCACCUCCUCUUCUGUCCCAGGAAGAGGCGCGACACUGUGUCAUCCAAGCCAGACUUCUGGCUUGCAGAACAGAGGACCAUAAAGUGGGUGUAGGCGCUGUUAUCUGGGCCAAACGACAGACGGCCGGCAGUGAUGGAACGGGACGUCUCUACCUCGUUGGUUGCGGGUACAACGCGUACCCAGCAGGCUCUCAGUACGCAGAGUACCCGCAGAUGGACAACAAGCAGGAGGACCGGCAGAGACGCAAAUACAGAUACAUCAUCCACGCCGAGCAGAACGCCCUCACAUUCAGGACUCGAGAGAUAAAAGCAGACGAGCACACCUUGCUGUUUGUGACUAAAUGUCCGUGUGACGAGUGUGUCCCGCUGAUCAGAGGAGCCGGCGUCACACACAUCUACACCACCGACCAGGACAGAGACAAAGACAAGGGAGACAUCUCCUACCUGAGGUUCAGCAGCCUGAAGGACGUCAGCAAGUUCAUCUGGCAGAGGAGCCCGUCACUCUACUCCUCGUCUUCUGCUCGCCUCGUCAACGGUCACAUCGGAAAGCACAGCAGAGAGGCCGAGCCGGAGAGCUGCAGCAGCAAGAAGCUUUGCACCAACAGACUCAAAGACUCUCCGACAAACUGAACAUCAAAAGAUUUCCUCCUUAAAGAUCAAAUCUAUGCCGUUCCAAACCAUGUUACUUAUUUAAUGUUUUGUGCAGAAGUGGGAUUGUUUUUUUUGGUUUUUUUGGAUGACUGACGCUCCUGCAUCUCUAGGAUUUAUACCUCUGUGGGCGUCGACAGAUCCACAGCAUGGACUCUGGAGUUUCUCUGUUGGAGAUCAAAGAAUCCCGAUUUAAAACGCUUUUAUCCCACGCUCUCUCUCUUUUCAAGUUCUGAAGAAGUUGUUGUCAGUAAGGUGGAGGGAGGGAAACCCGCUGACCUCGGAGGAAAAACCAGAUAACGGAUGAAUGAAGAGGUAAUAAACUCAUGUUGAUUUUGCACAAUCAGAAAUGCAGGAAAAAAACUGGAAUAGAUUAAGAUAGGAUAUAAGAGUUAUAUUAAGUGUGUUUUUUUUUUUUUUUAAUGUAAAUGUUGAAUAGUUUAAGUUGUGUGAAGACGUUAAUCUAUACUUCAUGUAUGAACCGAUCCCUGAGCUCCUCCAUCGCUCCAAUGUGUGUGAUAAAUCUGAGACGACUGUCUGAUUCUCUUUCCCACAUUUCUGAGACAUUAUUCCCGUUGAAACUCUUUUUUUCUUUUAUUCCGUCACCACGUGAAUGCAGGGAGUUUGUGUCACCUUUUCUCUACGUUUGUAACUCCAGGUUAAAAAACAAGGUGCAGACGCUGUGCACACUGCAGCCUCUCUCUGCACUUUUUAAAUCUACAAGCGCUUCAUGUGACAAUAUCUUUCUUACUAUUCAAUUAUAUUUUAAUGUUCUUUUAAAUCUUGAUGUGGACCAUAAAAAACAAUAACUCUUUUGCAUCCCAGACUUCUAAAAAAGAUGAUAUCUCUUGAGUAUAGAUCAUGUUUUAGCCCCCUCUUUAAAUGAAAGUAAGCACGACAAACAUGAUUUGCACUGCAGCUAAUUCAUUCUCUUAUUCACUUCUGAUUCAUUUUCACUGCUGAAUUACAGCAUCUUAAAGAAAGCAGGAACUCGCGUCAGAAUCACAUUUUCUAUCCUGUGUUUAGGUUUAAUGUUUGAAACCAUCUGCACAAUUUGAGGUACGAAUGUUUCUGUAAUAAAAAACAGAAUGUGCUGUAGUGUUCAUUUAAAGGCGGCAGGGCCGAGAUAAAAAAUACACAAAAUGAAAUAAAAGAUGUAAAAAAAGAA